CCAAGGCAAGAUCCAGGGCCCGAACCCAGGGACCGAACCCAGGGCCCGAACCCAGGGCCCGAAGUUAGGGACCGAACCUAGGGACCGAACCCAAGGCAAGAUCCAGGGCCCAAACCCAGGGACCAAACCCAAGGACCAAACUCAGGGACCAAACCCAGGGACCAAACCCAGGGCCCAAACCCAGGGACCAAACUCAGGGACCGAACCCAGGGACCAAACUCAGGGACCGAACCCAGGGACCAAACUCAGGGACCAAACCCAGGGCCCGAACCUAGGGACCGAACCCAGGGCCCAAACCUAGGGACCAAACCCAGGGACCAAACUCAGGGCCCAAACCCAGGGCCCUCCUGCCGUGAGGCAGCAGCGCAAACCAUUACACCACUGUGCUGCUCAUGAUUGGGACCAUUUCUGCUUAAUUAUGACCAGAAAAAAAAGCAUUUUUGAGUGAGCUGAGAGCGUAAAGCUGUCAUUCAGGGAAUGAAAACCUUUAAGAGCAUGAAUGUAAUUCAAACGCUGGCCAGUGCAAACCCACACUUUAGUGAAGAACGCAUACUGACAUCAACUGCUUUACAUAGAUUUUAGCAAUUUCCGCUACGCUAAUGGUUCCCUUUUUUAAUGGCCGUCUUCAGGCCGUGGUUUUCAGCAUUUAUGUCUUUAAACGCAGAUGGAGAUGUAGGUGACUGUUUCCUUCCAGAACAUUCCUUCAGCCAUACACCUCUGGGCCUUGCUUGUGAUGCGUCUCCAGCAUGUGUGAUCGGAUGUGAUCUGUCACCAGAGCGUAAUCUGUUCUUUCCCUCAUUUUUUCGUGAGCUCCAAAGCCAAGCCUGCCCCCCUGCCUGGCCUCCCCCCUAAUCUCCUUAUCACGGGGUGUUGGGUCCGCUAAGUCUAACCAGGAUGUCCAGGUCAGACAGUCUGUGACUAAGAUCAUUAAGAUCACUAAUUAUUUCAAGAUAACCCAGGUAAACACAAUCAGAACUGGAUAUGUUGUUUCUCAAGCUGGAUAAUGAAUGACUGAACAUAUAUAUAUGAAAAAGCAGCUGAAAUUUGAGGAGCAUAUACAUGUUUGACUUUCAGGAUCCCUGCAGAACGAUCCAAAUGAAAUUAUACAAAUUCACCCCCGAUAUACGCUAAUUAAACUGCAGCUACAGGUUGCCUGAUCUCACCGUGCCGGUAAGCACGCCGGUGUGCGGGUGUUAGCCGACUCAAACGCUAAUCUGUCCCACAUGACGAAACCUCAUCUGUUCCGUGAUACCGGGGUUUAUUUCUGCCUAAGCACAUACAAAACAGAACAGCGAAUAAGCUCGAUAGCGUCCCAGCCCAUGUCACAUAAGCGUAACUUUACUGACAUGUUAGGCACUGGGACAGAAGGACAGUCAGACUCAGCAUAUCUUUCCGAGAAACUCGCUUUUUUUUCUUAGAUAAGCUGUUAGUGUCCACCUCUCCGGCCACUGACCCCCACUCCAACGCGAUGGUGACUUAAUCCCCCCACCCCCCCAAAAGCACUUCAUCAGAUUCUGAUGGCACCUUGCUAUAAAUACGGAUUCCCUCGUGCUGCUUCCUCUUUACCUUCCGCAGCUUAACUCGCUUUUCCACCACUCAAUCUUUCUCGGUCUAUUAAAAAAAUAGAAGUAUUUCGUAUUGACUUUAACUUUUAUUUCACAUUUUAGUUUGUUUUUUCUCGACUAAAACUACUAUUUCCAUCAUUUUUUUUACGUAAGUCUAAUCAGAUAGAGUAACAUUGUUACAUAUAAUUAAGCACAGGAACCGGAAUCAAUUGAAAAUAACGAUUAUGCUUUGAUAAUUAAUGUCAGCAACCAGCAGGGCAGCAUUUAAAUCGGUCAUGUUCCCGUUACCGAUCUUCACACCGGCGCAAGUGGCCCGCGUGUGCGAGACCCUGGAGGAGAGCGGAGAGAUCGAGCGCCUGGGCCGCUUCCUGUGGUCCCUGCCGGCCGCGCUCCCGGGCGCGCCCGGGAACGCGCUCAGCUGCCACGAAUCGGUGAUGCGCGCUCGCGCACUCGUCGCCUUCCACGGCGGCGACUUCGAGGCACUUUACCGCAUCCUGCAGAGCCACCGCUUCACCCGCGAGUCCCACGCCAGGCUGCAGGCGCUGUGGCUGGGCGCGCACUACCGGGAGGCGGAGCGCCUGAGGGGCCGGCCUCUCGGAGCCGUGGAGAAGUACCGCAUACGGAAGAAGUUCCCGCUCCCUCGCACCAUUUGGGACGGCGAGCAGAAGGCGCACUGCUUUAAGGAGAGGACUCGCAGCCUGCUCCGUGAGUGGUACCUGCAGGACCCGUACCCCAACCCCUCUCGUAAGCGGCACCUGGCCCAGGCAACCGGCCUCACGCCAACCCAGGUGGGCAACUGGUUCAAGAACCGGCGUCAGCGGGAUCGUGCAGCUUCUGCCAAGAACAGGCUGCAACAGGACGCAGACCUCAUCUCCAGGGGGAAUUCCCUAGGCGGCUCGGCCCCGGAAUACCAUCCCAGCCUGCAGCCAUCUUUGCCUCGAUACCCAGGUAGCCCCAAGGGCAGUGACUGCAACGCGGGCACAGAGGCCUGCAGGGUUGGCGCUGCCACCCCUGAUAUCUCCAUCAGCAGCGACAGCGAGUUUGAGGCCUGAGAGGCGACAGAAUUACGGAAUGACGUCGCGGGUCGUCUGACAGCCUGCCUGCACUGACUAGGGUGAUGUCCUAACCCUGGGGGGUCGGAGGGGGUCAGGCAAACCCUGACUCCUCCCACCUUGCAUAUUUCUCUAAAGUGCCCGUAUCUCCAGUUACUAAUCCUGCUGCUUCUGCAGUGAGCGAAGGCGUCAUGCCAAGCACAAGCUACGUCGUUCUCAUGGACAAUACGGUGGAAGCAGCCCGGCCGCAUCUCCGAGGAGAGCGUGUUCAUGUAUGCAUACACACAGACUCAUGUUUCUGUGAUGGAGCACAUACAUCUCCGGCCAGCGAGGGCUGCCAUGUCUCCUGUAUGGCUACUUCAUUGCCCACAUCAUGAGCAUGUGAACCUCUGGCCACAGUUAUUUUACCCAAAACCAGGAGAGGUCAGUGUUGUCCUUCUGAUAAAGCCAGACUAUCCAACUAUCCAUCCAAAGCAGAAUUAGCAUUUUUAAACAUGUGAGAGAUUAUAUCACAGAGAACUCAAGUUGUCGGUUAAAACAAAAUCUUGGUCUGAAUUUUAAUUUCGGUACCUGAUAUUUUAACCUCUGACUAUGUCCAUGACGCAGGGUGUAUCACAUUAGCACUGUGGUCACAUGACCUCAUGAUGCCAUUCAGUGUUUGACUCUGUGUCUCCUAGUGGGGGCCAGUGCAGCAGCAGUCUCUCUGCUUGAUCAUGCACAUCAGGAAUGACCUCAGGUGACACUGCCCUCUGAAGUGGUGAUUUUGUCGUCCAAACGUGACUCAUUCUCUGCUCUGCCAUGCAACAUCAUUCAGAUACACUCCUGGGGGGUGUACUAAGGAAAAAGACCAAAGAAAUAAUUACAUAACAUCUUCCAUGAAGUUUUUUUGUUAGUUAAAAUAAAAAUAAAAUAUAUUUACUGCUUUAAGAUGUUCUGUUGCUAAUAAAAUAUAUUUUGAAAUAUC